UUUUCACUUUUUUUCACACCGCAGCCGGACGAAGGAGCAGCAUGAAUAUCUGAGCAGAAUAGCAGCAGUCAAAGCCUUGAACCGAUCAAUUAUCUCGAUCUCGACCUAGCGAACCAAAGUGCAAUCUCGAUCAGGUUACGGGGACCGAAGCACAAUCCACCCAACUUGCGGACUGCCUGCCUACCUACCCACCCUCCAGCGUCACAACCCACUGACUCGGCGAUUAGAGCCUGCGUUACUCCCAGCAAACGACACUAGACUGCUUCCUCUGCGAUAUUCUUCUAGCUGGCCAGUUUGAAACAUACCUACUUACGCCUACAAUGCCUGCCUCCGUACACUCCCAAGACAACGACCAGUCCAUGAUGGACGCCAACGCAGCUGAGCAGAACGAAGUGCUACAGCUCGAGGAGAAGCGGAUUGUUGUUUUGCCCGGUGCCACGGACACAGCAGCUUCCUUCCAGUUCGAAGGGGAAGGACACACAUUAGGAAAUGCCCUUCGUUAUGCGAUUAUGAAGAAUCCCGGUGUUGAAUUCUGCGGAUACACUAUUCCCCACCCUUCAGAAUCAAAGAUGAACGUUCGUAUUCAGACUUAUGAUACAACGACUGCAAUCGAAGCUCUCGAAAAGGGCCUGGACACAUUGAUGGACCUUUGCGAUGUCGUGACGGAUAAGUUCACCACUGCGCGGGAUGCGUUCAAUGCUUCCCAGGCGGAUAAGAUGGAGUCAUGAUUUCUGUUUUCCCCCGUCUCUUUUUGAUUUGCUUUUCUUCUUCUUCUUCUUUCUCUCUCUCUUUCGUGUACUUGGGCUGUACUGUAUGCUGUAUAUAUGACUUGGAUGGCGUUCUUGUGCAGAAAAAGUUACACUUCCCAGGGAUUUCCAUAGACUCUUUCUUGAACUACUAGUUCCUUAUUCAUGCAUAGCAGAAGAUAUCCAAUAAACAAUUUAACUC